AUAAUUAAUGUUUGUUAUGGCAAACUCAUAUUUAAAUAGAUGACACAAUAUAUGUAAAGUGAUUUGUCGUGCCACAGAAGACAAGUUAAACGUUCAGUGUUAAACGAUUACAUUUAAGGAAUCUGAGAGCUGAUAAGAAUUUUUGAGAGUGCACACUAAUACGUUCAGGAUUCCCGCAAACCAAGUAUUUAAGGAGAAAAGCCUCAUUUUCCAGAAUAAAGAUCAUUAGUCACAAUUGUGCAAAAUGGAAUUUACUGGGUGCAUACCAAAGACCACCACACUUUCAAUUUAAUCUUCUCACGAAUUGGUGCCAUUAUUAUACCCAUUUUACUGAUGAAGUCAUUUUAGUUCACAAAAUAAACUUGUCCUUGGGUCAGGACAGCUCCAGCACACAAGCCUUAAGCAGUACGCUCCACCGGCUUCUCUCCGACUGCCGUCUCGCCCUCCCCGCUCCCUUGGCCUCCUGCAGUCCCCACCGUCCUAACCUCAGCGAUUCUCUCUGCCCAACCCGCUGUUUUACCCCAGCCCUGUCAACCCCAGAGCUCCCUCUUUCUAGAACCAAGGAAAGCGCAUUGCCCCUGCGCCGGAAGUUAGAAGAUUCCCGAGGGUUGUUCGAAGUCUCGCGCGGAUUCCUCGAGGUCUCGCGAGGCUGGGGGCAUUGCCCAGCCCACAUAUAUAACAAAAGAGAUUUCAAGCCAAACACUGGAAGAGAUGUCAGAAGAUUCAGAUAAGGAAGACUAUUCAGACCGAACCAUAAGUGAUGAAGAUGAAUCAGAUGAGGAUACAUUCAUGAAAUUUGUAAGUGAAGAUAUUCAUCAGUGUGCAUUAUUAACAGCUGACUCUAUUAGUGACCCAUUCUUCCCCCGGACUACACAGAUACUAUUGGAAUAUCAGCUAGGGAGAUGGGUGCCACGCCUUCGCGAACCCCGAGAUUUAUAUGGUGUCUCCUCUUCUGGUCCGCUGAGCCCAACACGGUGGCCAUACCAUUGUGAGGUCAUUGAUGAAAAAGUCAAGCACAUUGAUUGGGCUCCUUUUCAUCCUGAGCCAGUGUACAUCCCAACAGGCCUUGAAAUGGAACCUCUUUACCCAAGCUCCAAAGAAGACAUGGUGGUUUACCUGGCAGAAGAUGGUGGGCACAGUAUGAGAUACGUUGCUGGAAAUUUAAUUUGGUCCCUGGCUUACAAAGAGCCCUGUUUUGUAUAUUCCCGAGUUGGAGGCAACCGAACACCUUUGAAGCAGCCUGUGGAUGGUUAUGACAACACUCUGAUGUUUGAAGCAAGGUUUGAGAGUGGUAAUCUACAGAAGGUAGUCAAAGUGGCAGAAUAUGAAUACCAAUUGACUGUGCGCCCUGACCUCUUCACAAAUAAACAUACACAGUGGUACUACUUCCAAGUGACUAAUACCCAAGCAGAAAUGGUCUACAGAUUCACUAUUGUCAACUUCACCAAGCCUGCUAGUCUUUACAAUCGUGGUAUGCGCCCACUGUUCUAUUCCGAAAAAGAGGCCAAAGCUCAUAAUAUUGGCUGGCAGAGAAUAGGAGACCAGAUCAAGUAUUACAGGAACAACCUGGGGCAAGAUGGACGCCAUUUUUUCUCUCUUACAUGGACAUUUCAAUUUCCACACAACAAGGAUACCUGCUACUUUGCUCACUGCUAUCCAUACACUUACACCAACCUGCAAGAAUACCUUUCUGCCAUCAACAAUGAUCCUGUCCGGUCAAAGUUUUGUAAAAUACGUGUUUUGUGCCACACGCUUGCUAGGAACAUGGUGUAUGUUUUAACCAUUACCACUCCCUUGAAGAACACUGACUCCAGAAAACGAAAGGCUGUGAUUCUGACUGCAAGGGUCCAUCCUGGAGAAACCAACAGCUCCUGGAUUAUGAAAGGCUUCCUUGAUUACAUUUUAGGAGACUCAAAUGAUGCACAGUUGCUUCGGGACACUUUCGUCUUCAAGGUGGUACCCAUGCUGAAUCCAGAUGGUGUGAUUGUGGGAAAUUAUCGGUGUUCCUUAACUGGACGGGAUUUAAACCGUAAUUAUACAUCUCUUAUGAAGGAGUCCUUCCCUUCCGUCUGGUAUACCCGGAAUAUGGUUCAUAGAUUGAUGGAGAAACGAGAAGUUAUUUUAUAUUGUGAUCUUCAUGGCCACAGCAGAAAAGAAAACAUCUUCAUGUAUGGCUGUGGUGGUAGUGACAGGUCUAAAGCACUAUACUUACAGCAACGAAUAUUUCCACUUAUGCUGAGUAAAAACUGUCCGGAUAAAUUUUCUUUCUCAUCUUGCAAGUUUAAUGUUCAGAAGAGCAAAGAAGGAACAGGAAGGGUGGUGAUGUGGAAAAUGGGAAUCAGAAACAGCUUUACCAUGGAGGCCACCUUUUGUGGAUCUACUCUGGGUAAUAAACGAGGCACUCACUUCAACACAAAAGAUUUGGAGUCAAUGGGAUACCAUUUUUGUGAUUCACUCUUGGACUAUUGUGAUCCUGACCGGAGCAAGUAUUAUCAGUGCCUGAAAGAAUUAGAAGAAAUGGAAAAAUGUAUGAACAUGGAAAAAGUCUUUGAGGACUCAGAUUCUUGCCCAAGAGAAAUCACACUGGAUAUAGAGUCCAGUAGCCGAGGUUCUGACAGUUCGGAAUCCAAUGACUCUCAGACCUAUCUUCUCAAGGUAACUUCUCAGAUAAAAACCAAGAAAAAAUUUCUCAAAACAAAAAAAGAGAGGAAUUCUACCAUGGCAAGCCAUCAAAAUGCCAAAGCAGAGGUUUAUGAUAGAGAACAUUUACUUCAGACACACAAAGAAUCAAAUGCUGAUGCAAAAGUGAAAAUACCUGGACAAGCCCCUUCUUAUCUUCUAAAAAAAUAUCUGAGCUCCCAAAGUAUGACUCAGAAUCUUGGCAAAGACCAACACAGAUAUUUUUUAGAUACCUGUGAGAGGCCAAUCCAGGAAACAGGUCGGCCCAAGGAAGACAAUUGGUAUGGAAACUGUAUCCAAGUGACAUCCUUGAAGUGUCCUGUGACCAAACAAACCUCACGUUGGAUUGAGAAGACAAGGAUCUCAACAGAUCUGCAUGACAAUUUAAAAAACAAAGUGAAAGAAUGCACAUCUUUCCAAAGCAAGAAAACUGGCAUGAAUUGGACAGAUGAUGAAAAAAAUAUCUACAGGGAUAAAAGAAUAGUUCAAUCUCAAGAACUGUUGCAGUAUAUCCUCCCUAUCAUGGAAAGCCCUAAAAACAUAGAUGCCGGUCAGAUAAAACAGCUGUUCAAUUCGAGAGCCAACCUCCCAAUUUCACAUAAAAUAAAGCAAGCUUCUUGCAUAAAUAUAAAGAGAUACAGCACCUCUUGGACAACACCAAGAAGUCCCCUUUUCGUAACUCCAAAAAGCCUUAUGACAAACACCUCAGACUGGCUCCAGUGUGAGCCCCAGAGGCCACUGGGAAGUUUUUCACCUUUCAAAGGCCACAAGAGGAAAUGUUUUCAAACCCAGGCCACAAAGACUGAAGACGCACAGUCUCUCAGGAGCAAGUGGGAGACUGCUUCCCCACGUUUCGAAAUGGAUACCAGUAUUCUAAAAGACAGGAGUCUUCCAGCUGAAGAACCCAACCUGCAGAAACCUAAGCAGAUGAUUCCUCAUCUAACUAAAAAUAAAGUUGAGCAAGCAAACAGUAAUGACGGACUUCUCGCCUUCCGGCGGAGGUUACAAAGGGACAAUUAGUCUGGCUGUGCGCUGCUCUGAAGACUGAGAAAUGACAUAGGCUGACACAGUAAAAAGAAAAGCCCUCCUCUUCCUGUCUCUCCCUCAUGCAGAUACUACAUUACAGACUCCAGAUCGCCCCGCGUCUUCAGUGGAAACAUCUUGCAGAAGUUUAAGAGAAAUCCAGAGAAAAUAUAAAACACUUCGAUAUUAUAUUUGAUUUUGUCAACAUGGAAAAAGCGACAUUUGAUUUCUUCCAAAAUUACUUCAGCAAACAUGACCAAAAAACUAAGAGCUGAAGGGAAGAAGGACAUUACUAUCACUCAUUGUAAACUCCUAAGUACUUCAAAUGAAUUAGUCAACAAAUACCAUUUCCUGAGUUUCUGCUGUACGGUUGAUGAGUGAGGAACCACUGGUGAUGUAAGAGACAUUUCUCCCCACUAGAAUAUCAUAUAAUUGUUCUUAUAAUGCAAACAUGACUCAAAUGAUUACAGAAAUGAUACCAUGCAGAGUAAAAUACUAAGCUGUACACCUCCAACCAAUAAAGAAAAUCAUAUAUUAAAAGGUGCUAGUUGCACAGA